UCUUCUCUCAUAAUCAAUCAAACCAAAGUCUUAACAAAGAAAAAACAGAAGUCACAAGUCUUUUUGAACAAAAUGGCUACUUCUUCAGCGAUGUCUCUCCAAUCAAUCUCCAUGACUACUCUCAACAAUCUCUCCCAUAAUCAUCAAUCUCAUCGAAACUCUUCUCUAGGUUUCUCAAGAUCUUUCCAAAACCUUGGGAUCUCAUCUAACGGUCCAGAUUUCUCCUCACGAUCAAGAUCUACUCCUAAGUAUCUCUCCCCUACUCGAGCUUUCUUUUGGAACUGGGGAAAGUCUGAAAACUCCCGACCAAGUAAAGUCCAAGAACUUAACGUGUACGAACUAAACGAAGGAGACAGAAACAGCCCAGCAGUUCUAAAACUCGGCAAGAAACCUGAGCUCUGUCUCGGCGACCUCGUACCCUUCACCAACAAACUCUACACAGGAGACCUCAAAAAGCGCGUGGGAAUCACCGCCGGUCUCUGCGUCUUGAUCCAACACGUCCCUGAGAAGAACGGUGACAGAUUCGAAGCCACUUACAGUUUCUACUUCGGUGACUAUGGCCACUUGGCCGUGCAAGGACCGUACUUGACUUACGAAGACACGUUGCUAACCGUCACUGGUGGCUCAGGGAUCUUUGAAGGUGCGUACGGACAAGUCAAGCUUCGUCAGCUUGUGUAUCCGACAAAACUGUUUUACACUUUUUACUUAAAGGGUAUUGCUGAUGAUUUGCCGUUGGAGCUUACCGGAGCGGCGGUUACGCCGUCGAAGGAUGUGAAACCGGCGCCGGAAGCUAAGGCGACGGAGCCAGGGGCAACCAUUAAAAACUUUACUAAUUAGUUUUGUGUUUUUCUCGUGUUUCUUAUAAUAAUUGUUUUUUUUAUUAUAAAAUAAAUUACACUUAUUUUGUUUUGUAAUCGAACCUUAUGAUGAGUUGUGUGAGUUUAGUUAAUGUUGUGUUGGUGGAAUGAUAUCUUUAUUUUAGAUGUGACUUUUGCUAUUUACAACAAAUAUCAUACUCAACACGGAACUUUAAUAAAGUAAAACGUUUUGUAAAUUUGUAUUUAUUAUGCACCUCUCUUUUUUUCUGUUCAAUUAUUAUGCACCUCUCAGUAUUGUUUAUCAAAUGGGAAAAUUUUGAUUCC